AAAGGAGAGAGAGAGUGAGACAAAGAGAGAGACCUGCCUUUAUCUAAUGCUGACCUGCAUAUGUUUGCGAAAGUGUAAAUUGUGAAUCACGUCAUUUACGGCAACUGUUUGAGCACACAUUUGAUAAAGCUGCUAAAGGGUGUUUCCAAAGAAGGUAAAGAACACGAGAGAGAGAGAGAGAGAGAGAGAGAGAGAGAGAAAGAGAGAACGCACGUUCCAACAAGAGCAGCAAGAACAGCACACUCUGCUCUACACACUACAGGAACCAAAGAAGAUCUCAGAAUUUCAAUUCAGAAUGUCCACCAUAGUUGUUCCAGCUGAGAAUGUGAAAAACGGCUUCACCGUCGUCAGCCAUGUGAUCCCAGCACAGAUAGCUGGAAAUGAACAACACAGAGCAGCCGCUCUAGCAGGAGCUCCCACCUUCACAAGAAUCAGCGCUUUCCUGAAAGGAGAGCCGAAAGCUCUGGGGACCGUCCAAAUAAUUAUUGGCACGAUGAUGUUCUUAUUUGCCAUCGUGUUGACGAUCAACAUCAGCACCAACUCUGCCUACAGUGGAAUUUUUUACUGGGGAGCUUUGAUUUACAUCAGCGCAGGCUGUCUAGCAGUCGCAGCAGAGAACAAACUUCAUCCAUGUGUGGUAAAAGGCUCUCUAGGGAUGAAUGUGAUCAGUGCUGUAACUGCAGGAAUAGCCAUCGUUCUUCUGUCUUUAGACUUGGCUUUGGGACCAAUAAACUAUGGACCAUGCUAUCCUGAAUAUGACCACUAUUUUGAAUGCCAUACUGCCCUCAGAUUGUUUCAGAGCCGGAAUAAUGGGAUCACUGGAGUGCUGCUGUUUUUCUCUCUGCUUCAGUUCAUCAUCUCCAUCUGCAUCUCAGCAUUUGGAUGUAAAGUCAUUUGCAAUGACAAAAUUCAAGAGCUAGCUGCAGUGAAUACGUAUGCGGUUCCCAUCCCUGUGUUGAGUAUCGAGAACUCACAGUUGUGCUCCAACAUGGAACUCCCACCUGAAGAAAACCCUCCAGCGUACACACAGAAUGCCAACUGAACAUGAGUGCAAACAUGAAAAGACCAUUUCAGUGUCAUGGGCUUGAUUUUUUAUUUCAUUUUAUUUCAUUGAAUGUACUUUUAAGGAAAGGUUCAAUUUAAAAGAAAUUGAAUUAAUAAAUUACUUUAUUCAUUAUUAACAUUUUAGGUGAUGCCUUUAAGAACAGCUUCAUAAAAAAAUUACCCUCCUUUAUAUUACUCACAAGUAGCAUGUAUCAAUAUGUCCUGUAAUUUGGAAUGAUAUACAUUUUGUGUAUUUAUUACAAUAAUUCUCCUGCUUUU